AAAAAAGUGACAUUUUAUAAACACACCUAGCUAGCAAGCUAGCUAUAAUAGCUUCUAUAUGGAAGGCUCAUCUUUAAGAGUUAGAAAAGGUGCAUGGACUGAAGAAGAAGACCUUCUUCUUAAGAAAUGUAUUGAGAAAUAUGGUGAAGGGAAAUGGCAUCAAGUGCCUGCUAGAGCUGGCUUGAAUCGUUGUCGGAAAAGCUGUAGACUGCGGUGGCUGAAUUAUUUGAAGCCUAAUAUCAAGAGAGGACAUUUUGCUGCUGAUGAAGUUGACCUCAUUAUUCGCCUCCAUAACCUCCUCGGUAAUAGAUGGUCACUAAUUGCUGGUAGACUGCCAGGAAGAACAGCAAACGAUGUGAAAAACUAUUGGAACACCCACUUGCUUAAAAAAAAUAUAGAUACUUCCGAAGUAAGUAACAACGUGGUAUUAGCUAACGACCGCAAUAACGUCUAUGGGUGUUGUUUCCCGAAUGACCACGAUGAGAUGAUGUGGUGGGAAAAUAUGAUGAUAAAUGAAAAGGAGGUUGAUGGCUAUCAGCUACAAUGUUCAGCCAAUGACAUUGAUCAAAGUGUGUUGGACCAACCUAUGAAUGAAAAGAAUUAUGGCAGUACUAUAGAUGAGGUUUUUCUUGAUGAGGAACUGUGGAAUGUGUUCAACCCAUAGCCAGAAAUAUAUGUUUGUUUGUUGUCAUUGAUGUAAUAAGUUGUAAGUGACGAUAAAAAUAAUUUGUACUAGAUAUAUUAGUAAUAAAAUUUUUAAAUAUGUUAGACUACCAACUUCAUAAAGUUUUAGUGCUAAUUACUUAAAAUGUUUUAUAUGUA